UGCCCGUGAACAGCACUCAGGAAAACGAAGCAUGCUUCAGUAGGUGACGUCACACAGGCGGUGACGCAGUGGUGUGGGCGGGACUAACGGGCGACGAAGUCCUCACUGCGCAUGCGUGCUGCAGCAUAUUUCAUUUUUGCUGCGCAGCAGAACAGCCCUCUGAUUAUGCCCCAGCCACUAGUCAUGACGUCACACUUCGGUUGCGUAUAGAUGGCCUUGGUAGUAAUAAUUAUUGAAAUAUUUUAUUCAGGGGCUGGGGCACAAAGGGUCUUAAAUAUUAUUCAAAUUGUGAUACUUGUGGCUGAGAGCGAUUAUUGUGGCAAGUCUGAAUGUCAGGGCUCCUUCAGUCAGUUGGUCUGUGCCUGUCAAUUUACCAAAGUAGCUCACAACUUCGACUGUUUGUCAGAGGAUUUUAACAUCCUGAAACAGAAAAUUUCAACCACUUCAGGUUGAGGACCCGGUACACCAUCGCCUGCUGUUUGUUCGGUGCGGCGUGGGGCGGUCUACACACCGCCAUGGCCGCGCGCCUGCGGGACCUGUACGGUCGGCUGCUGCAGCGGCACCCGGUCAUCGUCCAGUCCGUCCAGGCAGGGGCCCUGAUGGGUGUCGGAGACCUGUUGGCUCAGACGGCUGUCGAGCGGAAACGACCGUCAGAGAUCGACCUACCGCGGGUGGGACGAUUCUUCGGCAUCGGACUCUGCCUAGUGGGUCCCGGCCUGCGGCUGUGGUACGGCGCCCUCGACCGCUACGUGGGCAGUCGCGGGGCGCGUAUAGUCAUCAGGAAGGUGGCGCUCGACCAGGGCGUGUUCGCUCCCAUCUUCCUCGGUAACUUCCUGGUGGUGCUGGGCGCAAUGCAGGGCCGAAACUGGUCGCAGAUCAAGCUCAAGAUGAAGGAGGAGUACAGCGACAUCCUGUUCAACAACUGGAAGCUAUGGCCAGCGGCGCAGCUCGUCAACUUCUACUUCAUCCCGCUGCACCAUCAGGUGCUCUUCGUCCAGACGAUAGCCAUCUUCUGGAACACCUACCUGGCCUGGAAGGCCAACAGUAGCACAAUCAGUGAGGAGAAAGAGGCGGCGCCCUGACAGUGGCCUGUCGGGGUUAGUAGUGGCAGCGGGCCGGGAAGGGUGGGUGGUAGACUGUCUAGUGUCUGUGGAUGACAGUUGAACUGUCAUCGUCGGCGGACCGGGUUGGGUGGGUAGGUGACUGUCUGGGUGACAGUUGUCAUCGUCGGCGGUUCGGGCCUGGUAGGUGACUGUCAUUAUAUGACAGUUGAACUGUCAUUGGCAGCGGACCAGGCCGGUUAGGUAACUGCGGCACAUGAACUGUCAUUACCAGCGGCCGUGUCGGGGUGACUCCCUACGCCCGGCGCCCGCAUGUCGUGCCUGAUGCAGAGGGAGAUUAUCCUGGGACGUCGGCGCGUACGCUGCUCAGAUGGUUAGAAAGACGCGCCGAGGGACGCUUGGGGGAUGAACGAGCUGGCGUGGGCCGGGUGAGUGGGUGGGUACUGAUGCGGGGCGCACACAGACAUAACACCCGCGCUGUGGAGAUGACUGGGGCGGCCGGGUGAUGUGGUACCCCGUGCAGCGUUAUUGUGACGUUCAGGGGCUGCCCGACAGUUACGAGCUCAGUGCUGACGGUCUAUGGCCGGUGCACAGAAUCAAUGCAAGGGUUACAGCGCGCUGUCACAUAAUAUAGAUGUGACUGCUCGUUCCUAUGAGGGUGAAAUUGUGCACUGUCGUUGAAUUUGGGAUCAUACUGGUGCGUAAGCUGCUGAGUCAAUAUUUAAAGUUAUUGAUUUAAUACAACGAUGGUAACUGUUGAUCAGUGCUCGGCACAUUCACAUUGAGCAGACAGAUCCUCUUCAAAAUCGUACGUUGAGAAGCAUUGCAAAUGCUUUAAAUUCACAUUGAUAAGGGUGUUGCCUGAUAUUGCUAAGCAUGGCUUCAUGGAUGGGCUCAAAAAUGAUUGCCAGGAUUUUUCGUAUCACUCCUACGAUCCGAACCUGAGAGUA